GUGCACAACCAGCUAGUCGAGACGAUCGCGAUCUGUACUCUGGUCCUUUGUAUCGUGUUAUAGAUUUUGUGUUGUUUUUGCAUCUUCCCUUCCAUUUGUUUGGAUAUGUAUGUUUCCAAAAUGGAUAUCCUUCGCUUUUGGGUUGGUGGAUAUAUGUGUGGUUUUUUGUUCUUCAUUAUCAUUGCGCACGCCGCUAAUGGAGACGUGAGCUAUUCAAUUCCGGAGGAGAUGAAGCGGGGAUCCGUGAUCGGAAAUAUAGCAAAAGAUCUCGGGCUCGGUGUUAACAGACUGUCAUCUCGUAAGGCUCGCAUUGACACUGAAGGUAACAGAAAACGAUAUUGUGAAAUUAAUCUGAAUACUGGUGAACUGACCGUAGCAGAUAGGAUCGACAGAGAGGCGAAAUGUAAUGAGGAUGUAUCAUGUUCUCUGAAUUUCGAAUUAGUACUAGAACAUCCAUUGGAAAUACAUAAUGUUGCAAUACAAAUCGAAGAUAUCAACGAUAAUACACCGACAUUUCCUAAAGACACAGUAAAGCUUGAGAUAAGGGAGAGCGCAAUUAAAGGCGCUCGGUUUCGUGUGAAUGAGGCUCAUGAUGCAGACGUAGGAAAGAACGGGGUUCAAAGCUAUUAUAUCGAAAAGAAUGACAAUUUUAUUUUAUCUGUUAAUGCAAAGGCAGAUGGUGGCAAAAAUAUUGAGUUAGUGUUGGAUAAAGAGUUGGAUCGUGAACAGCAGAAAGAGGUGACUUUAAUUCUUACUGCGGUUGAUGGUGGGACUCCACCGAGAUCAGGUACUGUAGCCAUACACGUCACUGUGCUGGAUGCUAAUGAUAAUGCUCCUGUCUUUAGUCAGGCCGUCUAUAAAGUCAGUCUGCCUGAAAAUUCUCCUGUAGAUACUGUAGUGGUUACAGUGAGCGCUACUGAUGCUGACGAGGGACAAAACGGGGAGGUGAUUUACGAGUUCAGUCGUAUAUCUUCAAUUGCAAAAGAAUUAUUUUAUCUCGAUCAAAAAAGUGGAGAGAUUAAGGUAAAAAGCCCGGUCGAUUAUGAAGAGUUGUUAAGAUAUGAAAUGUUUAUUGAGGGAAAGGAUGGCUCUGGACUUUCUUCGGACACUAAAAUAAUCAUACAAAUAACAGAUGUGAAUGACAAUAUCCCCGUUAUAAUAAUUAAAUCACUGAAUAGUCCCGUUCCUGAGAAUGCGUCUCCCGGUACAGAGGUUGGCAUCAUUAACGUACAGGACAGAGACUCUGAGAAUAACGGACAGGUGCGCUGCUCCAUUCAGCAAAACUUCCCAUUUAAACUCGUACCGUCAAUCAAAAAUUAUUAUUCUCUAGUGACCACAGGUGAAUUAGACCGCGAGUUAGUUUCUGAUUAUAAUAUCACAAUUACUGCUACUGAUGAAGGCACUCCACCUUUAUCUUCUACUAAGAAUAUUCACUUUACUGUAGCUGACGUGAAUGAUAAUCCACCUGUAUUUAAAGAGCAGAAUUACAGAGCACACGUGCAAGAAAAUAACAAACCGGGCUCCUCUAUUUGUUCAGUAUCAGCUACAGACCCGGACUGGAGACAGAAUGGCACUGUAGUGUAUUCUCUGUUACCUUCUGAUGUCAAUGGCACACCGGUUUCCUCGUUUUUAUCCGUCAACGGAGACACCGGGGUCAUUCAUGCCGUGAGGUCGUUUGAUUACGAGCAGAUGAAAAGUUUUAAAGUGCUGGUGUUAGCCAGAGAUAACGGUUCUCCUCCUCUGAGCAGUAACGUUACAGUGACUGUCUUAAUAACGGAUGAGAAUGACAACACCCCUCAGAUAUUAUACCCCUCCCCGGACGGAAACUCCUUCAUGACCGAGAUGGUACCCAAAGCUGCGCAGGCGGGGUCCCUGGUGUCCAAGGUGAUCGCCGUGGACUCGGAUUCUGGACAGAACGCGUGGCUCUCCUAUCAGAUUAUUAAAGCGAGUGAUCCGGGACUUUUCACCAUCGGUGUCCACAGCGGGGAGAUCAGGACACAGCGAGACCUUUCUGAAUCUGACAGCAUGAAGCAGAACAUCAUUGUCUCUGUGAGAGAUAACGGACAACCCAUCCUAUCCGCCACGUGCGCAUUGUAUUUACUUAUAUCUGAUAACCUAGCUGAAGUUCCAGAACUGAAAGACAUGUCUCAUGACGAGAGCAGCUCCAAACUCACAUUUUAUCUGAUCAUCGCGCUGGUGUCCGUUUCCACGUUCUUCUUGACAUUCAUUAUCAUUAUCCUAGCUGUGAGAUAUUGUCGCAGAAGAAAGCCCAGACUUUUGUUUGAUGGAGCUGUAGCCAUUCCCAGCGCGUAUCUCCCUCCAAAUUACGCAGAGGUGGAGGGUGCGGGGACUCUACGCAGUGCUUACAAUUAUGAUGCAUAUCUGACCACGGGCUCGCGCACGAGUGAUUUCAAGUUCGUCAGAUCUUAUAAUGAGGGCACGCUGACUGCUGACCGGACGCUGAAAAAGUCUGCUGCUGUAGAUGAUCUUGGAGGAAUUGACGGAGAUUUUAGGGAUUCGUUUGAGGUAUGA